ACGGUUAGCUUAUAUCACGGCAAAACUUUUGGGACAGGAGCAUACCUCGACAGAACACUUCGAAGUGGCUUUGGCAAACUUCUCAAUAGGUCUUGUCCUUGUGGAAGGCAUUUUCUCUCUGAUUUUUGCUUAAUAUAUCUGAUCUGGAAGUGAUGCAAUACAGAGGAAAUCCGCGGCAUUACAUAACGCCUACUUAUAGUCACAUGACCUCUACAUUCCAUCUUGGGUUCCGCGCGACAAGAAGAAAACAAUUGUGGAGGUUGGGGACAAAGCCUAGUAUUGGCCGUCCAAUUGCUUCAGCAAACGAUUUGGUUUUAAUUCCUCUUUACCUCCUUUUUGGUUUUGGCAAACAGGCUUGAGGCCCGUGGGUUCUCGUUUCAUGCUCAACCCUGUGCCUCGCAAUGGUUGAUAUCGUUUUCCGCCUCCAUGACCUUGUUGCGAAAAACGCGCCCUAGGUCGCGGACACUUCGAUGCCUCCCGUACCCUCUCAGCGUAGACAUUUGUCCUAUGAAGACCCGUCGCUCUCAGACGAAGAUGUCGGCCUUCUCUACCAAGUCAUCACCCGCGCUGAGCGAGACCCAAAGGUUGAGCGCCUUCCAUAUAGAGUGCUAUUCAAGGCGUACGAUGAAGUCAUUGCAGAACAUGGCGUGGAUCCAGAUCCAGGUUAUGCCUGCUUGCGCUUCUUACUUAAGAUGGGCAGCAAGAAUGUCAUAGGCGAUUCCCUCUUUGAGAAAUUCGAGAACUUGCUCGAGCGGAUGGGAAUAGUCAUUGAAUUUGGCGAAGACGAUAGUGAAGGAAAUGCUACUUCUGCAGGCAGUGUGCCUUCAACGGACGGUCGCCUCAAGGCCAAGGUCGAUCGCGACACCCAUAGAGAAAACAUUAUACAGCCCACUCCAAGGAGGCGAGCUUCAUUUAACUCAAUGUAUGAUGUUGGUGAUGAUCCUACGCAAAGGAGUUUUGCCAAUCGCCCAAGUUCGCGUUCAUCGCUAUCUCGUCUGCCAAUCGACAAACCUGAAUUCCCGAAUGCCAGGCCAUCACCCAAACACGCACCCACCAAGCUGGCCGAUUCGACGGACAGAACUCAGCUGAUUGCACAGUUCCUAGAUGUUGGACGUCGUUUAAUGAAUAAAAUGGACCUUUUAGAUCGAAAUGAACAAAAUAACGAAGUUCACGUUUUUAACGGAGUACAUGCAAGGUCUGCAGUCGACCGAGAUCGCUCAAGGAGAAUGGCCAAAGCCUCCCAAUCGCACACACGCCACUCACUGAGCUCGGAAGGCUCCGAGGGAGAUACGGAGGGUUCGUCUGUAUCGGCUGGUGAAGGUGGAGACAACUUGGUGGAGAAGCCUGAUGUUCCACUGGAGUUGUUAUAUAGACCAUCGCUCUCGGAUUUGCUACGUGAUGCAUCAACGUUUAAUAUGUAUCGCCAACGUGCUAUUAACCGACGGAUACUUACACAAUGGUUGAAGAAAGCCAUCCAAACUCGACAAAGCCAUCAGCAUAUGGAAAUUGUUUCUGUCAAUCGUGACAGGAGCACUCUUCUUCGGCAAGCGUUUGAGACGUGGCAUUCUAUUAUUCAAUCAAAACGGCGAGAGGCACAAACUGAGCGCUUUUUUAAGCAUCUGGAAGAGCGCGCUGCGCGGGCCCGUGAUCUUUACCUUGUGACUAGAGCUUUCACUCACUGGGCACAGGUUUCUUCGGAAGAAGUAGCGAGGACUUCUGCUGCGCGAAGGCAUGUACUAAGUGUGAAAUACUUCAAUGCAUGGCGUGAAAUAACCGCGGUGAACGAGUUGAAGGCCCAGAGAUUUUCAUUGCGGCGACCAUUCAAUAUCUGGAAGAGAAAGGUAUAUCACAUUAAAGAAUCCGAGAAAGGGGUAAUUGCUGCUCACGAUAAGAAAUUGGUGCAUGGCAUGUAUUGGAAAUGGUUUUGGUCUUUCUGUGAACGCCGUGCUCCUCAAUGGUAUGAUUAUUGUCUCAAGAGACGGUCGCUGUUGUAUUGGCUGCGAAAGUUUCGAACAAACGGAGAGCGCAGACUUGAGAUAGACAUCAAAACGAAACAUCUCGCUCUUAGCUCGGCGUGGCAUAUGUGGUCUCAAAGGUCGAAAACCAUCAUUACCUGCCAACAGCAGGCUGAAAUCAAGCAACGUCAACAACUUUUGAACAAAACCUUCGGAGAAUGGAAGAUCCAGUCCCACCUUGCUCCUGCCGCUUCUCAAGUUUCUGAGAUGGUUGACAGACACAUUCUCCAAGCUGCAUACGCACAGUGGGUGAACCGAGUCCGGAUGCUCCAGCAGGCGAGAGAAAUGAAUCGACUGAGAAUCCUACGUAACUCAUGGACAACAUGGAAUGACCUCCUUCGCUGUCAAGCUCUCAGCGCGCGGAUCGAAGAACGUCUGAAAAUCGAAGCUAUGUAUAAAUGGAUAUUGGCGGAAAGGUUUUCUCUUAUGCAGCGGGUUCGGGACCAACGAAUUACUCGGGAGGUGUUUUCGACAUUUGUAACCAAUGUCCGCCGAACAUACACUCGCUUACUUGACCAUGCUGAAACACACGAAGACCGCCGGAAUGAAGAAUUGCUUAAGUCAAAGUUUACUUGCUGGCGCGACCAGUUCGCACUUCAACGUCACCGAGAGUUCGUUGCUCUUGAAUUCUAUGCUCCACGACUGCUACAAGAGUCAUUAAUAGCCUGGCGAUCCAAAUCGCAACAUGUACUCAAACUCGAAGGGUGGGCUCGCAAUGCACAGUUCUACUUUUCGGCUACAAAGACGCUGAAAAAGUGGCAUACGGCGAUGUUGGAGUCAGCUAAACGACGUCGCCAGACAGCUUACGCGAAGACACGAAGAAAGAUCAAGAUGAACCUUGCUUCAAGCGCCUUGAAAAAUUGGCGUGCAAGGGCUCAGGAUUUCUUCGACAUGGAUCAGCAGGCCUUACAAGUCAACCGAAGCAAGUUGUUAAGUAUAGCAUCUGAGCUCCUAAACCGAUGGCACGAGCAAACUGCAAAACAAACUCAGGAAUACCACGAAGCCGAGAUUUAUCAUUCUCGACGAGUCGCUUCUGACCAACUGAUACGCUUAGCGGAGGUUUUAGUGAGGUGCCACCGUUUACAACAACAAGCAGAGAGUGCAUAUCGUUUACACGUCUUGAGCCAGGCGAAUCUUUGCCUCCGCAGGCUUAGCCUUCGUAUAUUCCAAAUAAAAAGCACCAAUGAGACUGCAGACGCCAUGAGAGAGAGGAAUCUGAAACGGCAUUCAAGGAACAUGUUCCGCCAUUGGCUAGAGAAGUUGAGAAUGACCCUUGAGGCUCGGGACUCCCCAAGGCCGCUCGUUACCCCUGCACGGAAUUUUGACGGCCCAACUGGAAACCUUCGGACCAAUCGACCUAUAUUUGACCCUUGGUAUCAAGCCGAGACGCCUUUUAAACUCAAUGAAUAUGUUUCAGACGCCCAGAAUGCCUCUACAACACCACUGACUACCCCUAACUACCUGACGUCGCCAUCCAAGCGGGCCGUACGAGCGAGGGCGCUGGCGCAGGUCUCCACCACUCCAGCAACACCGUUGUACACACCGUUCGCCAGCCGACUUCUACGUGCGGGAACUACGGCACCAAGAUCUGGUUUCAACCAACGGAACCGUAAUGGUCGAGGUAGUUCUCUGGGUACGAGUGUUCGGUUCGUGGAUGAGGAGCCCGAAUCACCCACGGAUGCUAGAAGGUCCGCUAAUCGACGGGUCUAGAGUUUUGAAAGUUGGGGGGUGGGGUCCUGAAAAACUGUUUUGAUUGUACAGUUCUUCUUCUGUAUUUGCGCUCUUUGAUAUUGGGUUGGAGCUUCCUUUUCUUUGAUACCCCACUUUGCAACAUGCGAUGGCACGUAGUUUAUAAGGCUUUGGGAGCUGGUUUGGGCAGUUGUUUGUUCUAAAUUCGGCUCUGGUCUUAGUGUGUUUUCCCUUCAAGUAUAUAAUUGAUGGCGGG